AAAUGGAAAGCGCAGAGGUCCCACACAAGGAGGAGAAGUUGGUGGAUGAGUUGUCCGCGCUCCUGGAGCAGACGGCCGCGUAUUAUACGGAAGAGGUCUUCGAUGAAGAUGACAAAGUGCGCUGGCUCACCAAAAGUGCCAAGGCUCUACAGUGGAUUUUUGCAAAGGCCUCCCAGCAGCACAAGCCCAAACCCGAAGCUGAGAAGCCAGAGGAGGAGGCCCCACGGCAGGUCGCAACCCCGAAGAUCGAGCCGGUCCCGUGGAAGGAAUGGAGCAAGACCCAAGGACCCUGCACCGAGCCGCAUAGCGCCAUCUAUCUUCUCGCUGACGAGCCCCCCGCGAGGCAGCGCUCUCGUAGCGGCCGACCUGGCGCCCCUGCGUUGCCCAAUCGUAUCCGCAUUCGAUCCUUACCCGUCAUGCGCAUCCUGCUUGGCCUCUGUGACGGGUCUCUAGAGUAUCACGUCGGGUAUGGUCUGGUCAUCAUGCGUCCGUUCAAAAUUCUGGUGCACUUGGAGCAGGAGAUCCGCAAUCGACUGGCGGAGCUGGAGCAGGCCCACUAUAGUCAGGGGCCGCAGGCAAAGAUCCCAGCGUCGUCGUCGACGGAUGAACACGAAGCCCCUCCGAGUGUAUAUAGUCUGGAUGACAUUUUCAAAGCGGAAACGGAUUGGACCUCCCUGACCUUGAAGGAAAAGGAAGAAGCCGCCAAGGACUUCCGUUGUCUGGUAUCCUUCAUGGAUGAGUAUGUUCUCCCCGUGAGAGCCGCCCUGCAGACCACCACCGAGGUCCUGUUCAGCGAACUGUGGCAUCUGUUCACCCCGGGAAGCCUGAUCUAUGUUCCGGACAAGAUGAUUCCGCAGAAGGUCUGGAGAAUCAUCCAAGGGACCGGAGGGCGCCGCAACAUGGAACAGCCCUCCAUGUCGGAUAGGCAGUUUGAAUUGGGGGGAGGGAUCUGGAACGACCGGUGCAACCCGUUCGUGUUAGAUUGCUACUACAUCGACUGGAAUGGUACGCAGUUUGUUCGGGUGCACAAAGUAUUCACCAUCCAAGAGUUCCAAGAGGUGCAACCGGUCACCUCCUUACCGGUGUUCCCCCUCCAUACCGCCGAGCAGCUCAACCUGGUCGACCGCACGGAGCUGUUAGCCCGGGCCAACCACUUCCUGCAGUACACGAAGCCAGGCUAUCGCUACUAUUCCGGCCGCAGUCUGAAUCUGGCCCCGGAUGGUCGCAAGUUGCGCCAGGCGAACCCGGAUCCGACGAGCAUGGGCACCGUGGCGACACCUUCCGAGUACAUCGAGAGCCAAGUCAUGGUGGACUUUGAGCGCGCUCUGCAGAGCAUCCCCGAGUGGAGCCCCGAAAGUCCAGAUGCGACCCUGUCCAAAACUCCGGCGGCGGAGCUGGCGGGGGACGAGACUGAUCGCUACAUCGAAGAUGACCGAGUCUGGGACUUGCGCAUUGCCGAGAGCCCCGUGGAGCCCCGGAAAGAAGCCUGGCAGGACCUGGAGAUCGAUCCGGGCCACCGCAACAUCAUCCAGUCGCUAAUGGAAACCCAUUUCUCCAAAUCUCGGCCCAAGCGGCGCCAAUUUGAUCUCGUGCGGGACAAAGGCAAGGGUCUGAUUAUCCUCCUGCACGGCGUACCAGGAGUAGGCAAGACCUCGACAGCCGAAACGGUGGCGGAGUAUUAUAACAAGCCUUUGCUGCCAAUCACCUGCGGUGACCUGGGUCUGACGCCGCGAGACGUGGAGCGCAACCUGGAGAACUGCUUCCAGAUGGCGCAGGCCUGGGAGUGUGUGCUGCUGUUGGACGAAGCCGACGUCUUCCUGGCGGAGCGCAGCGCCGACAACGUCGACCGCAACGCGCUGGUCUCCGUCUUCCUGCGAGUGCUCGAGUACUACGAAGGGGUGCUCUUCCUCACCACCAACAAAGCGCAGCAUCCGGAGUAUAAGCCCAUCUGGAACGGCCGCCAGAUCCGCAAUGCCUUCCAGACCGCAAUCGCCCUCGCCGAGUUCAAGGCGCAGGACAAGCACCACAUCCCGCUCACCCGCGACCAUUUCAUCCAGGUCACCAGCGUCUCCAAUCAGUUCAACUCGUACCUGUGGGCAGUGAAGCACCGCCGCAAUGACGAGUACGAGAAUCUCCGCAAGGGGCUCCGCGCUGAUGGUUUCGCCGCCGCCCCGACUGCAGCCCCGGCGGCGUCCGCGUAUACGACCGCAGCAGCACCAGCAGCAGCACCAGCAGCACCAGCAGGAGCACCGACGGCGCCAGGAUUUCUCGCGUACCCGCCGCCCAACACCGCCGCACCAGCUGCAGUGACGGGUCUGCCGACCUUGAAUGUCGCCCAAUAUUGGGCCCCCGGGACGUAUGCCGCGCCGCCAACGACCGUGCCGCCCCAGAGCCCGUACCAGCACCCGGCAGGGAGUCAACCACCACCGGGGACGUAUCCAGCGGGCCCGUCGGGCUAUGCAGGCGCAGGGCAGCCGCAACAGAAUUAUGCCGCGCAGCCUCCGCAACCGCCAGCGCAGACGGGUUAUGCCGGUCAGCCAGUUCAGCCGCAGCAGCAGCAGCAGAUGGCUCCUCCAUCGCACAACCCGAAUGCGCAUACUCCUUAUUCUUCUCCGGGGACUUAUCCUCCUGGUUCCGCACCUCCGCGUUGAUAGACGUGUGUUCGUGGAGGAGUGGUGAGACACGGCCUGCAGCAAUGGCGAAGCGUGUAGCUGGGGCGGCUGCUACAGAAAGACUAGCAGUAUAAGAAAUCCUUAAUCAAAGAAAUCUAAAAAGGCA